AUUCCCAAGAAUCUAAAUAAUGGUAUUAUAUUCCCUUACAGAACUGACUGGAAGAAAUUAUGGCAGCUGGUGUCGGGCAUACAUCAUGAAACACCUGAAAGCACUGUCUUGGAAGAGCUAACAAAUGUAAGCCAAGAAUUACAGGAUGGCCUUUUGCAAUUUAAGACAUCGAAUGAUUCCAAAACAACUUUGGAAAAGUUGUUGGCGGAAAAGAAACAAGAGAAGCUACUGCCAUUUACCAUACGUUUGCAGGAAUUACUGGAUCUCGAAUCAGUGCAAUGUUGGGAAAUCUUAUGCUUCUAUUUGGCCAAUGAAUAUCGCGGUUCAGCCAGCUCCCUAACUACACUCAUAUCAACCGAAAAUAAUAUGACCCAAUUACUGGAUGAUAUUUGGGGUUACUACACCUUGGAACGUUUGAUUGUAUUGAAAAUUGUAAAAAAUCUAUUGAUCUUUUACCGUGUUCCCAACCAUCCAUAUCACAAUGAGUAUAAGCAAAUUGUCAAUAAGAUCGGCAUGGAUAAGCUAAGGGAAUCUUAUAUCAAACAAUUGGAACAUUUGAUAAAUGAGGCACCACCCCAUAAAUUGACCAAUCGUGAAUUUUUCAAUUAUCAAUCGAAAUUGGUUAAUUGGUCAGAACGUAAUGCACGAGAAAUUAUAGAAGUUUCGCAUAUCAUCAUCCUACUGUGUGAUCAUCGACAUUUCAAUGCGCAAGAAAUUAAAAGAUUAUUUUAUUGUUUUAAACAACAUUCCUUUGGUAGGCAGCAAAGUUAUCUGAAUGCCUCUGCAAAUGCUUUACAUUUUGAACUGUUAACACGUCUGGCCUAUGCAGAGUUGGCGCUAUUUCUUAAAUGUCUGGACUUUAAGAGAGACAGCGGUGACUCAAAGCCGUUGGCCAAUAGUGUAUUUAAGGAAUUGGAUAAAGAUGUUACCGGUAUGUGUCAUCAUCCGGAAAAUGGUCCAAUGCUUAUGUCAUGGAUGCUAAUGCAAAUCCAAUAUACGGAAGCAGCCGAGAAUGAGGAACAUUUAAUGCGUUGCCGUAAAAUGGGUAAAAGAGCAGUGGAUUUGAAUUGUUUUAAAUUUCUACAUGAUUUACUAUCAAAUUCAAUGUUUAUGGAUGAUUCCAUGGUCUCGAGAAUUGUUCGAAAAACAAUUUAUAAUAUGUUAAGCCAAUUGUGUGAAUAUUUUGAUGGUGAUGGCUCAUGCUCGAAACAUCCAUUUAUUUAUGAACUUGUCUGUGAGCUAUUAAGUUGGCCAACAUUGGCUAAGGAAUUCUGUUCACAAGAGGAGGGAGGAGUUCGUUCGCUUUAUGACACAUUAUUGGAAAUGUUCCCAUUAGAUUUCGCCCAUCUUUCUAUGAUAGCCACAGCCUUGACUAAGGCUGGUAUGGGAAAUUAUGUCAGACAAAAUCUCGAAUCCUUGCCCAUACUCACAGAUGUCUAUGAUGAAACUCGAUUCCAUUUAAAACCCCUAGGAGGUGAUGAUUAUGUUUUGGGACACACCGUUAAACCAUUUCCUCGUAUUGAUUUCUAUCUACCCGAGGGUACCCAAGCCACUGUAUUGGGUCGUCCCGAAGGCUAUUGUGUUCACUUCCGUUUGCCAGUGAAUUAUUUUAAUGUUUUACAUCAUGAAAUUAAUUCCCUGCUGACUGAGACAAUGCAUUAUCAUGGUGAUUAUGAAAAUACGGAGCGUGUUCGACGUGUUAACGAAGGCUUAAAAUACCUACAUGCCGCCUUGAAGAAAACCAAAUCAUUGCAAGGAAUUAGUGUUGAAAUGGUUCAUCCCACUGAAAUGUGCAUCGAUUUGUUAAACAAAUUUAAGGCUUUGCAGAAACCACCCAUCGAAUUAUUGGCCAAUGCAUUGAAUGUGUGUACCGCCUUGCUGCCCUUGGCGGAUGCUGAAAUAUUUAUACGUGUCAUAAAUUUAUCUAUUUUACCGGUGAUAAGCAACGAUUCGCUGGGAGAUUAUAAAAAAUAUGCCCAUGGUUCCUGUUUUGAUUCCCUGUUGGUUGGUUCCUAUUUGGUUGAUGUCGAGAAGAAACGUGAAAGUUUUGAAUUUUUACAAGCCUAUUUGGGUUUCCUUAGGACCUAUACGAAAUUGCAAAGGAGAAAAUAUUUUCAAGUGGAAAUUCCCGGUUUGAUAUUUUUGCUUCGUGAUGUUUUCCCCCACUUGCACGUUUGGCGUUUCAAAUCCCAGCAGGAAAAGUAUACAAUUUAUGCCGAGAUUAUGGGUUUUAUAUGUGAUAUUCUGGAUGAGUUUACCGCCUUGGAAAAGGAUAAGGAAGUACCAAAGGAUCAACUUUUAUUGCGAGACAUUUGCGUCUACUCCAUGUUAAAUAUGGAAAAUGGUAUAAUUCUGCUGCGUUUUGUGGCCUUGGGUAAUGCUUAUCUGCAACAUUGCAUGGAAAUGGAAUCGAAUUGGAUGAUACAACAAAGCCAUGGCCUGGUGUUGUUGGUCCGCUUAUCCAUGCGUAUUCUAAUGCAGGUUUUAAAAUUGAAAUCCACAAUUUUUGAUUCAUCUGAGUUGUCACCAUUGGAGGCAAUGAUUUAUACACAGCCCAAGCAGAGAGACACUCUGCGCAUUAUCCCCGUAGUAACACGUUAUAUGAGUAACAUUUUCGACCGAUGGCUACCCAUAUUGUCGUGUAGAUUGCUGAAAAGAAUUGCCUUGGAAUUUAAUAUGUCUCUGCUGGCCUGCUUGGAUAUGGAGGCGGAUCAAAUACGUAUGACUUUCCUGCAAAAAUUACCCGAUGAAUUGGAAAUCGAUUCCAUUAAAAUUGCCAUAUUGGAACUGGUGGAAUCGUGUAUUGCCAAACAACCCGGUGUCACAGAGGCUUUCUUCAAAGUCAACUACAACAAAGAGAAGCGUAUUUUUGGCAAAGAAAGCGAUACACAAAUAUCCGACAGUAUUGUAACCUACAUGGAGGAUUACUUGGAGGCGGUUAGUAAAGAUCCACAAAUUGUGGAACAGACAUUGCCGAGUAAAAUCAUGAAUCUGUAUCACAUGCUGUGGAAACAGAAUAUGCAAAUAUUGGUGGACUCCUUGGCGCAAAAGGACAACUUCUGGAAUAAAUUGUGUAAACCCCUGUUUGGGGAAUAUAAAUCCAAUGUCAAGGCCUAUACCCAAUUGCUGAAUAUUUUGGGUAUUGAGAUAUUCUCCAAUCAUCACAAACCGAACAGUGAUUUAAAGAAAGUGGUAGCCAAACUCUUUGACGCACCACAUUUUGAAAAAUGGAUAGAUUUUGUUUUCGAUUUACCCAGAACGGCAGUGAAGAAGCCACAUGAAUUUAAUCCUGAAGAAAUGCCGGAAUGGCUGUGUCGUCUGCAAGCGUUUAAAAGCUUUCUUUUAAUACUGCUUAAGAAACAACCCGCCUUUAUGGAAAUUCCUCGCAAACAAUUUAAGCUGUUGGCCCAGAAGACGCUCAACAUUUUGGUGGAAAGAGCAGAAUAUGUAGAAGACCUUAGGCCUCUGAUAAUCAUUUCGGAAUUAUAUUUAUUCAUCAUAUUGGGUUUUAAACAUGCCUAUACCGAAUCUUCGGAGGAACAUCGCAACACCUUGAAACAAUUAAAUAAUCUACUGGCCAAAGUGGCUUCUUGUUACGCCGAUUUACAUGUUCGAGCCAAGGAGGCAUGCCUCUCGAUAGCCAUAAAAUGUGCCGAUUUAUUGUCGGAAGAAUUAACGGAAGACUCAUCGCUGUCAAUGAUGUUUUUACAUUCGGUAGUGAAUAUUAUUUGCUCGGAAUUACACAACCUCGAGAAUUGUGUGAAAAUUGAGAUCAACAGCAAAAAAUCCAGUGAGGAGCUUAAACGCAAUCCCCUCUCAUCUUCAAACUCUUUGAUCUUGUGUUUGAAUCUUUUGAAAACCAUUGCUGCCAUAUUCCACAAUGAUGGUUUUGGUAAUUGGGAUUUACCAUUUAUUACUAAUAAAGUCUUCCAACGUUUGCUCAGUUGCACUGGUUCCAUUUUACAGCUGCACAAUAAACAACAAUUAUCUGUGGAGCUGCUGGAUGUUCUGAUUGUCUUUGCCAAAGGCAAUUGUUCGGCAGAAUUUUUACACUGUGAUGUUGGAGAUUAUUUGUGGUUGAAGCUGCUACCACCCAAAGAGUUAUUGGAGGCAAAUUAUUCCUUGCAGCCGAAGGAUAGUGAUUGGACGGUACACAAAUGGUGGCCAAUUUAUGCCCGGGGCAUUGAAUUGGUUACAAUACUGUUUCAGAAACAUUCAUAUCAUUUCCUUAAGGAAACUCUUCAAUUUGUGGGUAUCCAUGAAGAAUAUUUAGUGGAUUCCUUGCUGCUAAGUAAACAAUCAUUGGAGCCGUCGGCAAUGCGUUUAAUAAAAAGUUGUUCCACAUUACUCUCCAAUUUGGUGUUAUUCGAAAAACAAUGGCGUUUGGAACAUUCACAAUCACUUUUUAAUUUGAUGCGGUCAGUCCAAAUACUCUUAAGCCAUGCCAUAGCCAUGUUCCAUCAACCUAAAAACUUGAAGUUAUUAAUUGCUGGACGUCGUUCCCAAUUGGAAAUUAUACGUGAUUCGGAAAGUGCUGGGCUUGUAGAUGAGGCCAUAACGGCUUUUAAUGACCUAACCGAGAUCAUCAUCUUAUGCGUCAAGUGUCUGCAAGCAUUUAGUCCCAAUUUGGUCGAUUUGAUAUGUGAACCAGAAUUUGCGGUUUUCAAGUGGGAGCCAAUAUUUGAGAUAUGCUUUGGUGCUCCCAAAUUAAGUGAGAAUGCUGUGCAUCUUACAUUUGGAACUGUUCUUAGUAUUGUGGGUGUCUAUACAAAGGUUUUGAAUUUGCAAAAUUAUGGUUUUCAUGAAGUUCCCCUCAAUGUUCUCCCAGAAGUGUGUCGACAAGGUGGUUCUGCUACCAGCAGUGGCAAUACAAGCAUUACCAAAUCCCCACAAGCUCACAAUAUCUCUUCGCGGCCAUUUUCCAAAUCUCUUUCAGUGGCCUCAGUUUCAUCUAUUAAUUGUCCCCCAAAUGAAUUGCUUUCGAAUUUAGAUGGUGAAUUGUGUUUGGUUGCCUUGGAACAUAUACUAACACUGGCAGCAUCACAAAGUCUACUGGCUCUAAAGAAUCCCAGUCUACCGACCCGUGAAAAACAACUUAUACGCCGUGAAAUAAGUAGUGAGCUGUUGUCAUAUCAUGAAUUUGUACGCAAGAAGGUUGUGGUGGACUUUAGGGAACACAACAAAAUUUGGCAUCGUCGUAAACAUGGUCAAGUCCUGAUGCAAGAAGUUGAUUCGGAUAAAGAUUUGAAUGGUAGUGGUGCUAGUACGUCCCAGAGUGCUGCAACAGUGAACAUGCAACGUAUUCCUCCCGAGAUACAACGUAAACCACCAUCCUCGGAUUUACGGGUAAAUGUUGUCAGACGUUUACAUUUGCAACAACAACAGCAACAACGUACCCCCGGACCAUCGGGCGGAGGUUUUGAAAUGUCACGCAUUAUAAGUCCAAUAGGUGGUGGUGCGACUAGUAAAAUCCAACAACCUCCAGCUGCCUCAACACCGGCUUUAUCACGUCCACCUCUACGACGUCCCGGUGAUGCUAACGAUGAUGAUUAUACUAAACGUGUACAUAUUGCCGACGAGGCCAGUGCCAUGUUGGAAUUGCAAGAGGAAGAAGAAGAUAUCUAUUUCCCACCCGAAGAACCGAAAUACAGUGCCCUCUCUUAUAUACAAUUUGUUGAAGAAGAUUAUUUACAUUUUAUGUCCAAUCUAUUCUUUGUCAUUUGUCAAAAUGAUUAAAGCUGAACUGAAACAU